AUUUGGGGCAGAGCAUGUGAAAUAAAACCCACAAAUCAACCUUUAAUUUCAUACUUGAUUUUAUUUGUAAUGAUUUAUCAUAUUUUUUGUGCAUUCUAUUGUUUAAAAUAUCCUUUCAAAUACCGUCAAACCCCGCUUUAUGGACACCCACUUAACCCUUUAAGCCCUAAUAUACAGGUACAAAUUCUCCAAAGUGAUCUACAUACAUUUCCUUUCAUCCUCGGAGACCCAGGGGCAGAUAGUGGGGGCGAGGGAAAGUCUAAACGGGCGGAAAAAUAUGGCACGAAGAAAAGUAAAGAAUGGCGAGAAGAGCCCCUGGGGACAAUGUCUUACCAGACCAGUUCCAAACGGUCGCCGCUGUUCUGGCUUCUGAUUGGUGGCAGAAAACUUGUGUUUUUCUGGCACCAAUCAGAAGCCAAAACGGCGGCGACCGUCUGGAACUGGUCUGGUAAGACAUUGUCCCCAGGGGCUCUUCUCGCCGUACUUUCCCUCGCCCCCACUAUCUGCCCUUGGGUCUCCGAGGAUGAUUUCCUUUAAGAAUUAGUCGAGAGAAUUUAAUGAAAGAUCAAGGCAUUUUCUCGUUAGUGAUCAUUUUAUUAAUUCUCCUAACCUUAUCUCUUGAAAAUGUAUGGAUAAUGUUAGGAGAAAAUUGAUGUUGGUCACUAAUAAUACAGAAACCUUAUCAUUACGGACAGUUUGCUUUGCUUCUCAGUAGAGAAAGUCCUUACAUUUUCUGUUAAGUCUACCCACUUAAUUUGGACAUUUUCUUUGGCCCCACCAGUGUCCGUAUCAACGGAGUUUGACAGUACGAUCGGUUUUUUUUUUAAAUCCUAACAUGUUCACUUAAUCUUUUACUAGGCUGAUUUAGCAACAGAACGGGAACGUCAGUCUACGACGGCUCUCGCAAAUCAAACAACUGGCUUGACCAAUGGCAGAGCGGCAAAUUGAGCUCCGGAAGUCGUGUUUAGUCCUUUCCGUAUGCUUUCCCGUCGUCAACUGACGUUCCUGUCCUGUUGCUAAAUCAGCCUACUAUAUGUACUAAGGCUGCUCUCAUUAUUUCAGCUGCUGCUGUUGAGGAUUCUUGCUCCAAAAUUAACUGCAGUAAUCCCUUUGCAACCUGUGAAGUGGUAAAUGGGACGGCAACAUGUGUUUGCCCUGUGAUCAACACACUGGAAUACUUUCCUGUAUGCGGAUCAGACGGAGUGACCUACCCGAACACAGGUGCCUUGAAUAUUGCUAGCUGUAACAGCGGAGGCGCCGUCAAAAAGGUCGAGGAUGGAGAAUGUAAGUAUUAAACUUGGCUAAACUGUAAACUGUAAUUUGUUUACCCACGAAGCACUUAGGAAUUCUUAAGAACUCUUUGAAUGUAUCCUUGCGUUCCAGAAUUAAUUGGAAUUCGGAAGUGUUGGUUUUUGAGGAGAGGAAAAAACCGGAUUACCGGAGUAAAACCUCUCGGAGCAAAGGAGAGUUCAAACAACAAAAAACAAACUCAACCCACAUAUGGCGUGAACUCCAGGUCUCGAACCCGAGCGACAGUGAUGCCACUCAGGGUUGUCAUGGUUUCAUGGUUAUGCAUUGCAUCAGCUGCAGUGUGUGACUCUGCCAUCCUGUCCCCCCACGCUCAUCUUUGUUGAGGAGUUUGAUAGGCCUUUGUGGUUACACCAUUGGCCAGUUUAGUGUCGUAUUCAGGGAGGAUCGUGGCAUGAGCUGCAUUUGCUAAGCUUCAAUUUUCAACAAUUUGUAUGAUACUAACAUUUGCACGCGAACGGCGGAGUUCUGAAGUUGGCUUUAAUGUGGCUUAGCUAGUUUACGUAUGUGUUGUCGCAAUAGCCUACUUUACAUUUGUUUCAAAUCAAAAUUGCCAUUAAAAGUUCCUUUGAUUGCAGUAGAGGAAUUUUAAGCCAUUAUUUUAAGGUUUUCUUUGAUUCCAAUGUGUUUUCUGGAUUAUAAAGUAGUGCCAACAAGUCCAUGCCUGGAGUGAAGCGACGGAUACGUUUGCGUUCAAACGCUAAUCAAAUUGUAGUAUAGCUACAAUAGUUUACAGGGAUAGUGCAUGGUAUGACUGUGACAUGAUUGUUGUUUGGUUAACCUGUGUGUUUCAGGUUCCAAGCUAUUUGACCCAUGUGCCAUCAGCUUUUGCAGUCACAAGCGUCACAGAUGUGAGCUCCAAAAUGGUACAGCUGUGUGUAUUUGUAACACGGCUUGCACUCUUGAGUACGCUCCUGUUUGUGCUUCUAAUAACGAGACCUACCCAAACAAGUGUGCUAUGGAAGUCGCUGCAUGUGAGAGUGGUGAACGCCUCAGAGUCGUAAAAGGUGGAAGAUGUGGUAGGUAGAUACUCAGGCUUUUAUCUCAGUAACAUAUUAGUCUGCGAGCAAGCUUUCCUUUUCGAGUGGCGAACAGAGCGAGACGCGCGAGGACGCGCGAGCGAGUGGGGCGGAGGUUAAAAAAAAGGACAUCCCCCAUCCCCCUCUCCCCCUUCCUUUGCUUGCAUCUCCUCUCGCAUGUGUUUCGCGCGUGACUUCACGAUAUCCCUCAAUUGGAAAGAGAAGUGCCAAUAACAUAUGUAUAUCUGAUCCUGAAGGGUCACAGUCUACAUGAUGCAUUGGUAUAUGUUUGUUUUUUGUUCUGGCUGUUAAAUAGAAUUUUCCCUCAUUAAUGGACAUCAAUGGCGUGUACAUGUUGUUGUACUAUUGUGGCCAUUGAAGUGGAAUUCAUCUUUCCGUCGCCACCCUAAGAGCUUUGAAGCAGAGUUUGCUCGUCACAGAUUAUAUAUUUGUUGCAAAAAUCGUUCUUGCGUAGUUGAACAUGGUGCAUAUGUGAGAGGUUUUUCUGAGUCAAAAACUUGUUUUUCCUUCUCAGAAUCCCAGAUUAUUUGUCCCUCGCAUUUUAAACUCCAAAUGAAGCAAAUGGUAAACGAUAAUGAGCGCGACUAUUAUGACGCGUUUCUCUCGCCUUGUCAAAAAGUUUCGUUUGUCACUUUACAUUUCCUCGCCCUUCUAUUGCGUUCCGUUUCCCAUUCGGCUUCAUUUCAUCCCUGCUGUCUAAACUCCUAGCCCCAUAUUUUCCUGGUCCCUUCAAUGCGCGCUAUUUACCUCGUCGACUUCAUUUCUUACCCGCUCGUCUAAACGCCUAGGCCACGGUAGGCACUUUCUUAUAAGACAACUGUGUGUUUGAAAAAAAAGUUUAGUUGGACGGCUAGGAAGAAGUGUCGCACUGUGUAAAGCGGAUUACGCCUCCUUAAUGGGUCUUUUCACUGGCGUCAAUGUUUUUGCUUUGUUUCACAGGUGGGAUGACUAGAAACAAACCUGACAUCUGCCCCAGUCCAUGGAAGGGUCUAGAUGGAAUCUGUGAUCGUAGGGGAGAUACCUGCCAGAGUAACGCUGAUUGUGAUCAGCAAGGAGGAGGAAAAUGCUGCUUCAAUGGCUGCCAGAAAGACUGUGUUCAGUUUGGUGAGUUAAAUGGGCUGGGUCGUGGUAAAAUUGUUGGUUUUGUACAUUUUGUUUGUUAAUAGGAGCACCGGAGAACUUAUUAGCCGUGCAGAACGUCUUUUGUUUUCAAAUUCUCGGCUACCGAAAGGUGAUUAGUGAACGUUAUGAAUGACAUUUUCAUAGGCAAAUUCAGGCAAAGUGAAACCGGAAGAAAAGCCGUGUCCGGCCGCUGUUUUAAGUUUACUCGAGUGCAUUCCAUGGGUUUGGUUUGUCCAUCCGUGCAAAUAUUUGGACUUGUCUUUCUGCAGCGUUUUUUGUCUUGACUUUUGAGCUGUUCUCUUUUUAAUGCGCCGUUGCCAUAUUGCGAGCUCUACUCAGGGACUACCGAACUCCACAAGGCAAAGUGUACAAAAAAAAGUCACAUGAUGAUGCCUAAAGUGAACACAUGUUCCCGCCAUAUAAAACUGUAGGGUCAUGAGCACAAAUAAUAUACUAGUUAGUUAUACCGCUUUAAGGUUAAUAAAAGGCGGUCGCCUUCUUAGCCUGGAGGCCCCUUAUGAGCCCUCUUCAGCUAAACAAUGCAAUCACAGGGUAUAAAAACACUUUGAGGGAGUGCAAAACAGUAACGUCAUCUUUGUUUUGUUACCCGACUGCGUUUCAUGCUCGCCAGUAAUUCGUUGUUGUCCGAUGUGACCGCCGCAAGGGGUCUAUUGACCUAUUGGCCUAUUGAAGGAGCUGGAGGGGCUAUUGAAGAAGCUGGAGUUUGACUGGGUUGAACGUCAAACGGUAGCCGAGAAUCUCAAGGUUCGAGGGAAACAUAAUUACUUGUUUCCCGAGGGACCAGUCUUUCAGUUAUGAAUUUUGUCAUAUAGCUGGAAAUUAUGAAGCUGGAAGUUCAUUAAACCUCGCUGUAACGGCGGUCGUCGGUCAACAUUCGUGGGUAGCAGGGCACUGUUCAGAGAAUUUAGCGGGAAACAGUUUCAUUGUUAGAUGUCAUGUGACCUCGAGAUAACCAAUGAGAGCGCGCGCUGGUGGGAAAAAAUUUCCAGCUGUAUAACAAUUCGAUUUAUGCAACUGGUCCCAGGAGUAAUCAUGAUUAACUUCUUUUGUAGGUAAACUAAAAUGCCCUCAAAAGUGCCACCCUAAUGGCCGGUGCGUAGAGCUGGUGUUUGGCGGCCGACGGUGUGUUUGCAAUCCUGGAUUUGUAGGGAAUGGAAUAGAGUGUUCAGGUGAAUCGUCUCUGUGUAAAGGGUUUAUCAAUGUGUAUCAUUUACUCUUAAACUCAAGGUGCCACUUUAGAAACAAGAAGGGAACUGGGACGAGUCAAAUGAGCCAGAGACUUCUGGGACUGUUUGCGUCGCCAGUAACGAUCCCACAAACCAUUGCAGGAAGCAUUUCGGCUCCAGUACCCUUCUCGUUCCCAAGAUCACGCGGAUCAUGAUGCAUGAAAGGAACUAAUGAAUCCUCCUUCUCCAGAUGGGGUUUAGUGGUUCCUUUGACGCAUUCUGGUCUGAGUGAUGUUGGAUCAUUCUGAUCCGCAUCAUCCAAAAGGAACGUACCCUCAGAAAUCCGUGAACACCUGAAAUUUUGGAGUGAUAUUGUGCUCCAAGGAAAAAGCCCAUCAGAACAUUGUGCUUUGCAUGCAUAUUCUUUUUUCUUUUUCUUUUUUGUGUCAUUGGUCACUACAUGUUGAUCAUUCUUAAAAUAUUGUAGUUUUUCUAAGGCAAGUCUUAUCUCUGUAUUGUUGGCCGCUUUCAUUGUUUUCUGUACGGUUGAAUUGCACAACCUUGUAUGUAGUAUUAUGGGUAUGUACAGUUGGGGUGUUAUGAAAUUUAAUAAGUUUGGUUUGUCCUUGUGUGGAUUUCAAAUCUUUCCAGGUGUAGGGCACUGGGGGUGCACUUUCACGAAAACUCAAAGCAAUGCUGCCACGAUUAUAUAUGGCGUUGUUAGAUUUCGGUUGACACACGUUCAGCGUGAUUAAAACGAUUCUAAAUUGAUUGUGAACUGUUAAAGACUCCACACGCUUUGUUAUUGGCUGAAAAAUAGACUGAGAGUUGUGGUCAUUUAUUUUCCUCUUGAACAUUUGCGAAAACGGGAGGACAGGAGGAAAUGUCUUCCCUCCUUCCAUUUUACGCGCGCUCGGGUAUUGUUCUCGCUCUAGCAUUUCCGGGGAAAAUCACGGACUACAGUUGAGCCUCUAAUAAGCGGCAUUAAUCAAAGUCCCGAAUUAAUUGUAGAAAAGAAUGAAAACUUAAACCCCUGUUAAACGGCCACCUUUUGGCCGUCCCAACGAGAGUUCUCUCAUAGUUGUCACCUCUUAUAAGCGGCCGUCAAGCGCUUAAUCCAGUUAGUUUGGCUUUUUUUCAAGAAUAUGGUGAAGGAAAAUACAGUCCGAGAUAGAAGGUGACGACCGAUUGUGGACGAGUAAUGCUGCCCCCGUCGCGUGUUUGUUUCAAAAUGAAAAGAUGUUUCCGCUAAAGGUUAUGCUCAUGUUAUGCUAAUUUAUGACGAACCACUUUUGUGCUGCCAAGCUGCCACUUGCUAGUACUCCGAGGAAGGCCGCUUAAUGGAGGUUCAACUGUAUUCGUAGUCUAGCUGAAAAUCUCGCCCUGUUUUCUUCACCUCCUAUUCAGUCACAACUUGUGCACUCACGAAAUUAAAUUAACAUACUCGUUUUGCUGGUAUUGUAGCUGAUCCUUGCAGUGUGAAGAAAUGCGACCAUUAUGCCCAUUGUAACAAUGUUAAUGGCGUAGGUAAAUGUGUCUGCCCAGAGGUGUGUCCAAGAAUUUUUGCGCCCGUGUGUGGAUCCGAUGGAAAUGUGUAUGACAACGACUGUCUGAUGAGAGUCGCAUCAUGUAAACAACAGAAAAAGAUCACAUUUGCCAGCAAAGAAACGUGCAGUAAGUACGCAUAAAUAUUGUCCGAGCAUUCUUAGUAGGUUUAACCGUUUAAGUCCCAAUAGUGACCAACAGCAAUUUUCUCCUAACGAUAUCCAUACAUUGUCAUGAGAUGAGGUUAUGAGAAUUAAUAAAAUGAUCACCUAAAAGAAAAUACUUUGAUCUUUUAUCAAAUUCUCUUAACUAAUUCUUAAAGGAAAUGUAUAGAGAUCAGUUUGGAGAAUUUGUAUGUGGAUAUUGGAGCUUAUAGGGUUAACUGUCAUACUAUCUCAAAUAUAAUCGAAACCAUUCAGUAGAUAUAGUAGUGAAAGUGGAAGGUGAUCUCAGGGUAAAAAAAAAAAUUCGCUCAGUUUGAGGUCUGUACGGUCUUUAUAUCUGUGAGGCUUUAAAGAAUUUUUUUUCCUACCUUACUAAUCAUCACUGGUGUCUCGAAAUUCAAGCCAUUGUCAGAAAGCAAAAUCUCAAAAGUCACUUUUUACUUAUGGGUGAUCAGCUUCGUUGCAACCAUUUCAAUGUCGCGUCAUGCCAAGGCUGAGGUUCUAACAUGCUCCAAAACAAUAAAGCCUAACGAACUAAAAGUAUUAAGCAGCUCGCCUAAUGACUGAUGAAACGUUUCCAUUUAAAAUUUGAUGAAUUCCAUGCAAAACAGUAAUUCCUUAUAUGAAGACGAUUAUUCCUGUUUUACUUAUUGUUACGUUAAAGGGGCUGUGUUACAAGGAUAUUAGGUCAAUUCUGUGCUUAAGUCAUUGUUUUACCCAUACACAAAAUGUUGUUGUAGAGUUAUAAAGAAGAUAUCUGACAAAUUUUAUCAGGGAGGACUAAGCGCAGAAUGUUUUAGUGAUUUAUGCAGGCAUAACAUUGAACGUGAAAAAUAAGCACCAUUUUUCACGUUCCAAUCCAUGCCUAUCCUUGCCAUCCAUAGCAACAGACGACAAGAAACAGUUUCAAUGCCAGAAUAUACUCUUAAAUAACAAAACUGGGGCACCAUUUUUGGAAUUCAAUUGGUGCGAAGACACGGUCUAGCUUGUUUGAGAUAUCAGUUACAGUAAAACACCGCGAAGAAGAACCGAGAAUUUAAGAUCCUGCUGGCAAAAAUUUGUUAUUUUAACACUCCAAAAUGUAAGAACCAGUUUAGCCAAGAAAAAUCAACAGGUUCUUAUGUUGGGUUAGACGACAUUUUCAUAAACAUUUUGACCAAAAGUUUAUUAUUAUUAUUUCUAGUUUAUUUAUUUAUUUAUUUAUUUAGUCGGUCAGUUAGUUAGUUAGUUAGUUAUUCAGAGCUUCCUACAUGUAAUAUAUUUAAUAAAUGUACAAUGUUACAACCUUUGUUGAAAACUGCAUAUCUUCUAGCUGUUAACCUAGUUUUGUUAGAUUUUUGGUAAAUAAAUUCCUAUUAUGAAGCUGGGACAAAUAUUAUUUAUAGCAAUUUCUUGUAAUCAACAACAGUAUCCUUCUUCAUAAAAAAUUAUGAAGAACUUAUUUAGCCUAAACUUCUAAUAAGUACUCCAAACUAUAAGAAUCUAUUUUGCGAAACUUCAAAAAAUCUAGGUUCUUCUUUGCGGCGUUUUACUGUAACGUGACACAGCCCCUUUAAAACAUGUGAUUAAUAUGCAUUACACUCAACAGAACCAGAUCCAUGCAAGAAAUCCAAGUGUAGUCACCCACAACAUACAUGUAUGGAGACAUCGAUAGGAGCUGUGUGCGUGUGUCCCCCAACACCAUGCACACUGGAGUUUGUACCUGUGUGUGGCUUAGACGGUAAAACAUAUCCUAACAGUUGUGUGAUGAGGGUAACGGCUUGUGAAAACAGUCAAAACAUCACUCUAGCAAGUCAGGGAGAGUGCAACACAAAUGACACAAGUAAGCAGCUAUUGAUGACAAUACGUUCAAAUUGUGGAGGAAACUUUUCGGUAACAACUUCCUACGGUAACAAUUGUUUAUAGACUUUUGCUCGAGCCGCUAAUUGACUUGCGUAAAGUUUGCGAUCGACUGCAGUAGUUAUUCUGGAAACCUAUAAUAAGCCUAACAAAAGAACCCUGUUCAUACGCCGCCACCUUUUCUGCUAGUAGUUACGAGCCCGACCUAACACCUUUGAUAUUUGCUAAGUCGUCUUGUGUACUGUACUGUUUUAAUUUCAGACCCCUGUGAUGUACCAUCCCUGUGUACACACCCCUAUCACCAGUGUCAAUUGGUGGGUACCAAAGCAGUGUGUAUGUGUCCAAUGAUUAUUCCAGCAAACCUGGCGCCAGUGUGUGGCUCUGAUGGACAGACAUACCCAAAUGCAAAAGCACUCGAAAGCAUGAGCUGUCUGGCAAACAGAAUCGUUGAUGUACAGUAUGAGGGGGAGUGCAUUGGUGAGUCCUAACCUUCUUUGAGCGGAUACCUCUCCUAAGCCAACUGGUUUUCUGGCCGCAAGAUUAGAGAUUCUAAGACGAUUCUAAGGCGACGACUACGAGAACGAGAUUGUCUCAUAUACUAAGUAGUGCGCGCAUAAACCAGCGUCAUUUUGGCGGGAAAGCGUGGUAGCCGUCGUCAUUCCACCACAGGUUUUAGUGUCGCAAUGAAGAAAACCGGUUAUUUAGCAAUUAAUGAAUUCGGCUUUCGUAGAAUAUGACGAAUUAAGCAGAUCGAGGAAGGUGUUAUCGGCCGAGGUGGAUAACACCCUUCGAGAUCUGCUUAAUUCUUCAUAUCCUACGAAAGCCGAAUUCAUUACUUCCUAGUGUAAAACCAUAGCUAAAACAUGCUUACCUGCGUCGAUGUUAAGUUCAUCUUCGAUAGUGUACGUUUAGGUUUUUCCUGCUCCGCAAAUAUUGUCCAAAUAGCAGAUGUCGCCCUCCGAGUUGUCGUCUUGCUGUUUUUGCCAUGUUUUUACUAUUAUUUCGCCUAGUUCCAGCUGUAGUUCUUACUCUUGAAAAGAGUGAAAUGUCCGCCUAUAACAACUCAACCUCGUCCCCAGGUCUUCUCGGUAACGGUGACUUAACCUGAAGCGGGCUGCAUUUUUAACGUCAUUUCCUCUUUGAACACAAAAUUCAUCCAAAUUUGGUCAUCAGUGACUGGUUAUGGUGAAUUAUGCGUGUGCUUUUAGCCAAUCAGAAUUGGGGAAAUAUUUAGAAUGAUUAAAAACAGAUGUUAACGUUUUAAGACAGAAUCCGUCAGGAAAUUGAGUAAUUUUAAUUUCCAGUGGACAAAAACCUUGUACCAGAAUAAUUUAAUGCACAUCGCAUUCUUUUGUACAAUUUUCAAGGGCUAAAGAUGUAAUUAGUCAGCUGUAGUAACACCAAAGAAAAUUUCUUAUGGGAGCCCUAGAAAAUAGAUGUCAAAUAUCACAAAAUGACAUCUUACACAUGACAUUUUCAGAGUUUUACCUCUGUUCAUCUUACACAUGACAUUUUCAGAGUUUUACCUCUGUUUUUACAAUUCUGGUGAAAUUUGACAUUUAUUUUCUCGGACUCUCAUAAGAAAUUUUCUUUGGUGUUAUUACAGAUGACUAAUUACGUCUUUAGACCUUGAAAAAUGUCAAAAAGAAUGCUCUAUUUCUUAAAUUAUUCUGUUACAAGGUUUUUGUCCACUAAGAAUUAAAAUUACUCAAUUUCCCGGUGGAUUCCGUCUUAACAUUUUGUGAUCGGGAGAGUGCUUAACCACCUCCAAUAAAAAUUACCUUGUUAACUUUUCUGGUGAAUAGAACUAAAAUGAAGCUUUCUGCGGUGCCUUUUGAGAAUUCGCGAAAAAAAAACUCGCGUCCUCUGUUUAUCUUCGUCUUCAAAUCUAAAAGUCUUUAUUAUUUGCUUUCGGGAGGUGGACAUUUCUUGGAAGUUUCAUCUAUUUCAACUAGAGUGCUAUGACUAAGAAAAGUUUGGUAUUUAGGGUAAGUGCUUGCUUACCGACAAUAGGUGGCUGCUCUUGGAUUUUCAACUAUAUAGAUUUAGUUGUUGUUUUCACAAGGUGAAGAUGGGAUUUUUUAUACUAACUGAGAGCACGCUCAUUGGCCGCGUUUUGUAUCCUGGUUUUUGUUAGUUUUGCUGUAGAAUUAAUGUUACUUCUUCUGUGUUAAGUUUGCACUGAACAAUUGGCAACUGAAUAUAUUGUAGUUUUCAGACUUAACUUUGCUAUAUUUUGGUAUUGAUGAGGCUAAUUAAAAUUACUUUUCCAUUUACAAUAGUUCCAACAGACCCUUGUGACAUUUCGCUAUGUAGUCAUUCUCGGCAUCAAUGCCAGGUGGUGGAUGGCAUGGCAACCUGUGUCUGCAAUGAAAUCUGCCCGCUUAUCUUGAUGCCUGUCUGUGGAUCUGAUGGCCAGACAUACCCGAAUAACUGCUCUCUUGAGGUUGAAGCAUGCGUGACUGGCAAAGAACUUACAGUGGUUGCAAUGGGAGAAUGCGGUAAAAAUAAGUUAUCAUAUUUACAUUAUUCUCAAUCCCAUCACUCCUAAAUGUUGCCUAAGUCAAAAUUAGACAUAUUUUCAAAUUUCAUCUUGUAAAUUGCUAAUAAACAAGUAGCAGCAUUUGAAAGCCCCGAAAAAGACGUUUUUUUAAGGGUCACACCACGGGAUUUCAAGUUAGAUGCACCUCACAAGACUCUAUCAUUCACUCUGGGAGUGCAAAGCGAAACCAUAAUUAAUGGCAAAACAUACGAUCAACUUGCAGCACGAGUCGUAUCAUGUAAAUCAGACGUACAACAGUUGUCUGUUAUUAUACGGUUUGAUUAUUCGACACCGUUCUCGUUGUGAGCUAAUUGAAGAAUAUCGCAUGCGUCUAAGGUAUAGCGUGUAAAUAGGCCUUUAGAGUUUCGUGGCUGGUGAUAUUUGUAUUUGUUAGUUCGAGUUUCUUAAGUUUAGCGUACAUUUUAUUUGACUUUCUGGAUGCUAAAUCAGUGGUUGGCACCCAUGGUCAUGACCUCUGCGUUGGCAGAAAAUGAGUACUCGUCAGGAGGAGGGCAAAUGGUAUUCCAUUUGGUUCUUGGGGCAAGAUAUCAACUGGUACAUUGCCCUGUCUCCUGCUCCAGUUGCGAUAUUCAUUUAUUUUAUUUUACUUUACUUUGUUUUUCUUUAUCUAACGUAUUUUAUAUUUUUAUGUUCAUAUUUAACAAUCAUUCGCCGAAGGCGAAGUUAAUAUUGUCGAAUAAUCCCAGAGACGAAGUCGAGGGGAUUAUGCAACAGUAUUAACUGAGCCUGAGGUGAAUAAUUGUUUUAGUAUAUGCACACGAAGUGAUCUCAACAGAAUCAGAAAGGAAACCAUGAAAAAACGAUUAGUUUGAUUGACGGGUGAAUUCUUGCGCGAACAUGUAGCCGUAAAUAGCAGAUGCAUAACAACAGUAUUUUCAAACAUGGCAAAUCAUAGUUUUAACUGUUUUGUAAACUUUAGCAUCAAUGAUUGAAAAGAAAACGUUGAAAGUUUAAAUAACUCCGCUUUCUGAGAAGAAACACAGAGCUUUAUUUGCUUCUGUCAACUCACCGUGAAGGAGACAGUUUUUUUGUCGCUUCUUGCAAAUGCUGUUAACAGCGGCUACGAUCGAGGUGAACGUGUUCCUUGCCAUGUUAACUUGCUGUCACGUACAGUUUUUGAAAACAUUUGCUUUCCUUUUUUUCUCCGUAAAUUAACUUCUAUUUCCAGGCAAAGUUGGUUUUGCGAGGAAAUCCCGAGUUCACAAAACAGUGACAAAGCGGCCUCCCUUUCCUCUGUGGUGGUUAAUAAAAACAUUGCUUCGAGCGUGUGAAAGUCAACUACAGUAAAUCCGGUGAGGGUAAAAGGCGGAUUGAGUUUCCGGAAUGGCAUGUGGCAUGGCUUGCGGAAUGACAUAAUUAUGUGGAAUGUAAUAUAUGCAGAAUGACCCAAAGAAAUAAAUUAAACUGAAAAGUGCGCCCUUUUUUGGCGCCAAUUAAUCUGCAAACGCAGCCGCUGUUUUAAUGUUGACAUACGAUGACAAUCAAAUAGCCAAGAAGGCUCAUUGUCGAUUAGCCUUUUCCGCACAGCGGCAAAAAUUCUUCUUGCCUUUAUUAGUCGGGCUGCAUGGCAGCACCGAUACUACAGCACGAAAGUCGGCCAUAAUUGAAGAAAAGAUGUUUUGGAAGGUCACGCUCCCUUCUACUUUAAUUUUCUCUGCCAAAUGUUUGCACGAUGAACUUUACAGUUUCUUUUUACCUAUAUUUGUAUUUGCAACCGCGUGAGAAGUGUUUCUUUUUCAAACAGUGGGUUACGUGAUCGUGACAUAAUAUUCAGAGAUGAAACGGAUCUUGUACAUGUAUUUUGUUUCUUUAGCUGCUUGGUUAAGUUUCCGGCACGCGAAGCUAACAGCUGGCGGAGAAGGGCGAGUCCGAAUCCUGGCAAUUGUGUGUGUGUCUUUUUUUCUUUUUUCCCCCCUCCUACCGCUUUAGUAUUUUUUCACGAUCAAACGCACACACUCACACAAACAAGGAAGGUGCGAAGACACGCGGAAAGGCCGAAAGGAGACAGAGAGCAGUUCGCUUCACUUGAUUUCUGGAUUACAGAUUAAUCUUUGACUCGGGGCGUUCAUUUAGUCUAAAAAAUGAUCUUAUCCGUCCACCGUAUUAAUUAAUAAUUCCUAGAAUUGUAGCUAGCCCGACUUCUCGUUCAACAAGCGUUUUUUCCCUCUAGCGUUUUGACAUUUGACUUUAUUACAAUGGUGGGCAGAAAGAGAGAAAGUAUCGUCGAAAGCAACAAAAAUAAAUUAAGUAUUACAUAGACACGAAUGCAGUAAAGCUUUUCGAUACUUUCUGCUCUGCCCUGUUGGUUUAAGCCAGCCGUAAUAAAUGGACCAGCAAAAAAGUUGCUCACUCAAAUUGGCGCCAAAAAAAGGCGCGGCAAAGACGGGCGCAUGUUUUUCAGUUUAAUUUAUUUCUUUGCACCAUUUUCCAUAUUUUACAUUCCGCAUAAUUAUGUCAUUCCGCAAGCCAUGCCACAUGCCAUUCCGCAAACUCAUUCCGCCUUUUACCCUCACCGCAGUAAAUCACUUCGCAAUAAAACCACGCUGUUUACGCACCAUGAAGUCUUCUCUUACCUUCAAAAUCAUCAACUCUGGGAUAUUCUUGUAUUUUAAAAAAGUUCUUACUCUGCCUGGCAAAACAACCAGUUCACGACAACGAUUUUGUUUUGCUUUAUAUUCACCGCCUAGUCCGAGAUAGCGAACCAAUCAGACUGCUUGAAUCACCAAGAUCACUGAGAGUGUGUAUACUAAUAAUUAAUAACAUGCAACGAAUUCAAUAAAGUGAAGUAAAGGAUUUCGUUUUAACGGUUUGCGCCAAUCGCUGAUGUUGUGACCCACCCAUUCUGUUACGCUGCCAAACUUUUGAGUGAGCUGGAUUUUUCCCCUUUAAUAGAUCAGUGUGCAAACAUGGUGUGCCCCGAUCCGAGAAAGUACUGUAGAGUAGUGAACGGUUCGGCAAGCUGUGUAUGCAAUGAGAUCUGCACGUCUGACUGGCGUCCUGUUUGUGGAUCGGAUGGUAAAACGUAUCCAAAUGAGUGCAGUCUGGAAGUGGAAGCUUGUAAAACCGGCAAGAAACUGAGGAAAGUCCAUUCUGGGGAAUGUGGUAGGGGUAAUAUAUCAGUUAAAAUAGUACUGGUGUAAACUUUCUUUUUCGCAGAUUGUUUUACUUGUAGACUCACUUUCUCCACAUGAUCUUAAGCCAUGCAAAAUUUCCCUCGUACAGUCAACUGCAUAAACAACAAAUAAAUGAAAUUUUGAAAAGGAAAGGGGGGAACUUUACAAGAUAACUAUGCAGGAAUUCAGUCUCAGACGUCGAUUGUUAGUUGAUAUUCCUUUAGUUCUUGUCCACGUUGAAAAGAUGCAUUGUGAUGAUUAGAGGUAUUUUGUUCCAAGCGACAGCAGCAGCGUAUCUAACACUGACUUUGCCGUAAUGAGGUCUAGGUCGCUGGAUAAACAUUUGAAGUUGUCCCAACUGUAAUUUGCUGAUUUCAGUGAUAUUUUAUAUGCCUAAUCAACUAAACAAUGGUCUAUCCUAAGGUAUGAUAAUUCAGAUAAAACUUCUUCAACAGUACUUUCGCAUGAUUUCAUUUAUUUUGUAAGUAGUUCUAACUUUUCGAGUCUGUGAAGGGAUUCCUUACCAUUCAAAUGAAACUCUUUGGUAGUACUGUUACAUCGUACUAUUUUUUCUGCAUUUAAUAAAGGGAACAUUUAAUAUUUUUAGGGGAAUUUUAACUGCAGGCACUUGUCGAAGUAAAAACGCCUAAUCAGUUCUUUGUCUUUGCAUUUCAGCGGAAAAGUUAACCUGCCCUCGUAUUGAUCCUACGCCUGUUUGUGCACCGUCUUCCAAACCCAACUGUUUUACAGGUGGACCUAAGUGUGGUGGUGGAAAGGCUUGUUGUCUUGAUCAUGACUGUACUCAUAAGUGUGUCGACCCUGCUUUACCCGAUGGUAAGUUAGUAUUAAAACAAAUAUUUUGGUUCCUUGAAAAUCGCGGACGUUUAACUUUGAAAUUGAAAUUUCUUUUUGAAAGACGUGGAAAGGUAUAAUUUUGUGAGGAGCUUUUAAACGUUUCGUAUACUGAUUAGUUGGGGGUAGGCAAUCCUAGAAUCGCUGAAGUCAAAGUUUUUUUAUAGAUUUGUUUAUUGUUUACUUUAGGCAGUAGACCAGGUGAAUGUCCAAUGCUAAAUCCAAUACCAGGAUGUGCAGCAGUGAAUGGCUGCGUGUCGGACGGUAUUUGUAACCUUGGAGAGAGAUGCUGCCUUCAAUCAAACUGCACCAAGAAAUGUGUCAAGGCUGUUAUUCCACCACCCCCACCACGUCCCAAACCCAAACCCGGUGAGUAUAAACUAUGACAUGCUUUCUAUUUCAGUCCGUUAAUUGGGUGGGGAUGGGGAGGGACUUAAAAAUAAGACGAACAUACGUCCAGAUAGUAAAUUUUCCGAAUGAAGUGCAUACCGAAACUCCGAGCAAAGAAACUCGUUUAAUCUUCGUCUACUCGGGCCUUUGUGCUCGGGACAUAAUGCGUAACAUCCCCUCCUUCAAACUUCAUGGUUUUAAUCGCUUCCUGGUCAGUACAACGGAGUUCAGUGGAAGUACUAUCAAAGUCCCCGCCCCCACCCCACAUCCACUGGUGGCGGUUGAGGUCUCAUUUCCACAAUAAUCAGCAUGCCUAUUGGCCGGUCGAUUGUGGUUACUUUCCAUAACUUUGUUUCCCAUGACAGGGAAAUACUUAUGCAGAGGAAUAUUUUACCACCUAUCGUAUUAUCUCCUAUAUUACUGGAACUAAACCUUGGCUAAAAUUAAAGUGUUAUUUUGUCAUAUUUUCAGCUGGUAAGUUGACCUGCCCUCUCAUUGAUCCAAUGCCUGGUUGCGCACGGCCUUCCAAACCCAACUGUUUUACAGGUGGACCCAAGUGUGGUGGUGGAAAGGCUUGUUGUCUUGAUCAUGAUUGUACUCAUAAGUGUGUCGACCCUGCUUUGCCCGAUGAUAAGUUGGCAAACAAAUAUUUUCAUGCCUUGAAAAUUGUGACCCUUUUGACAACUGGAUGUUGCUUUUUGAAAGACGUGGAAAGGUGUAAUUUUGUGAGGGGCUUUAAAACGUUUGGUUGACUGAUUAAUUAAGGGUAGGCAAUUCCAGAAUCGCCUUUGGAGUUUUGCUGCUUUCAAAAGGUUUUGCUAAUUUGUUUAUUGUUUACUUUAGGUAGUAGACCAGGUGAAUGUCCAAUGCUAAAUCCAAUACCAGGAUGUGCAGCAGUGAAUGGCUGCGUGUCGGACGGUAUUUGUAACCUUGGAGAGAGAUGUUGCCUUCAAUCAGACUGCACCAAGAAAUGUGUCAAGGCUGUUGUUCCUCUAACCCGACCCAUGCGCCCACAUGGUAAGUACAUGGAAAAAAAUAUAACGAUGGCGGGACUCUCAAUUCAAGUUUUUGUUUUCUCCCCAAAACAAAAUCAAAGUGAAAACUAUGGUGAACUCGUGGAUACAUUGUUUGCAAAGUAAAGAAGUCAUGUGAUAAAAUCAGUAAAAUAGUUUCUAGGUUUCCGUACAUGUACCUGUCAAAACACACUCCCAGUAACUCCAAUUUCAUUUUCUAUCAAGAGAAGAUACUCAGAAAACGUUUAUUUUCCAACUGUAGUGCGAACAGGAAUGUGCGUAAAUAUUUAUUUUGGCUCGUCACUUAUUUAUUGACUGUUUUCUUGUUUAUCUUAAAAUUCGUCUAGGGGUAUUCAUCUUAGAGAAAAAGCAUUCUACGGGCAAACCAAAAAAGGGCAAUUGUAACCCACCGUGUCAUCGUUAUGGAAGCUGCGUAAAGGUCAAUGGAAAAUACACUUGUUCUUGUGCCAGAGCUUGUCCCAGGAUAUACAGCCCUGUGUGCGGUACAGAUGGAGUCACGUAUAGUACAGAGUGUAUGCGGAUGUAUUUGGUUUGUAAAAAGGGCACUGAUGUUAGGUUCAAGCAUUCAGGAAAGUGUAAGGAAGGUCUGUAUUGCUUGUAAUUCUUUCUUAGAUAGCGACUUGUAGUGCAAUAAACAUCAAUGCAUGGUUGCUUAGACUGUUGUAAGUGCUGAGGUUUUGUUGGCUUGACCUUACGUCGAGUAAGAAGACUCAAAUAACAAAUACCAAGUUCAAGUUCUCGUUUAUUUCGCACUAUUCAAGUUGAUAUAGUAUAAAAUGGCUUACAGAAUCAGUAGGUUAACAAAUGAUGAAAAGUAAAUAUAAUAUACAGGUUUGUUGUAAUGUGCAUAGUGACCAAAGUAGCCGAAGCUUUCGUGUUGGUCACUUCUGUUCCAUUCAUCCGUUAGACAACGUUGUUUGAUUUGGGUACGCGUUUAUGGCUCGUCUACUCAUUUACUUUUUGCCAAGGAAGCUGUGUACUCCUUAUUUCUCAAACGUGACAAGAGAGGUUUCAGGGGAAAUUGACUUUUUAUUAUACACAAGGUCUAGGUCUAGAUGUGACACACCCCCUUUAACCUUGUGAGCCCCAAUGAAAGCUAUUGGUUUACCAGUGCAUGUAAUUGUGUUGCACCAAAAAGUUUAGUUUUCAGCUUCUUAGCAGAAUGUGGUAAUCUUAAUCUCCAGAGAAACAUGAAGACCAGUGCCCUGUUCUGAACCCCACCCCCAUGUGUGCUUCGGUCACUGGCUGCUCAAAUCACUCAGAAUGUCAAGAGGGUGAAAAAUGCUGCUUGGGACGAGACUGUGUUCGAACUUGUGUGGCUAAGGCCAAACCAGGACAGUGCCCUGUCAUCAAGCGGUUACCUUGUCCUUUGAUUCUCAAGCCUGAUGAGUGUACCACCGACUGGGACUGCGCUGGUGAUCUUAAGUGUUGUUCCGACGGAUGUACUAAAGAAUGCUCUUCUGGGUUUCUGUCGGAAAAGAGAGGUGGGUUGAUGUGUGUUGAAUAGCAACUCUCAGGAUCUGAUUAAUAAUUCGCCUUUCUUUCUGCUAUGCAUUUUAGUAAACAGUAAUUAAGAGAAUUCGGGAUAAUAUCAAUAAGUUAUAAUCUGGCUGCUCAAUUUGCCUAUUCUCAUCGCCUUUGUACUCGGAAAUGUAUUGGAUAUUAUAAGGAGAAGUUAAACGUCAAUCAUUUCUAGGAGUUAAAGGGUUAAUGGUCAUGUGUCACUCAGUUUGGGCAGUUAGCCGCUAGAAACUGGCCUCUUAGCUGAAACAAAACUUCACAAAGUGGAUUAAAAUGUUGUGGCACGUUACCUUUCAAGCCGUAGUCAGACAAAAAACGCAGUUUAUUCAAGUGUCGAUGUAUUUACACGGAAGUGCUAACUGAGGGCACUGUUUUUUACGUCUCCUACUUUGAGACGGGAGCGUCAUUUCUAGGUCCUCAGCGCUAUCCACGCCACAGAAUGUCUAGCCGCUUGUCAGGUAAAGGGCUGUGGUCAGAGCGGACAUGAACCUGGGGAAUCCAUCUGGCAAGUCUGAUGCGCUUGCCAUUCGGCAUUGGUGACUCAUAGUCGUUUCCAUAAAGCGAAAUCCAAACUUAAGUAGCCACUUUGUUUUUGUCUUGCUUAGCUUCAGAGAAUCCUUGCAAGUUUUCAAUGUGCAGAUAUCCUCGUCCAGUCUGCAAGGCCGUUGGAAAGAAAGCUACGUGCCAGUGCCGAAAGAAAUGCCCAAGACAUUACGAUCCAGUGUGUGCUUCAAACGGGGAAACAUACAACAACAUGUGUUUGCUGGAAUUGACUGCGUGUUUAUUGGAGGACACAGGCAUGCCAGCUGGAAAACUAACUUACCUUGCUAAUGGAAACUGUACAGGUAGGAUAGACUAUGUCGCGGAUCUCUCACAAACGCCAAAAGCCGAUCCACUGAAAGGACUGUAUAUCUUCGUUUUAAAACCGUCCAGUCCAAUCUUGGGGACAACUAAACACACGCUGCGAUAAAAACAGUCAAAUAAAACGAUCGAGCAAAACGAUGCAAAACAAGCCUCUGGCAUAACUGUUUGAUCAACAAACAUUUAUUUACGUUGUGAUUGUUCUCAAGGCUAUCAGCUAGCCUUGUCACAAAUCAAGUGUACAGUACAUUUCCAAGUUCAGAAUGUUGUAUCUAAAUUAAGUCACAAUUGCAAAACAUCUUCUCCUUAAUUCGCUAUGUAAGUGUACUCAGUAAUAGCUUUUCUUUCCCACACCUGCAGAGGGGCAAAGGUAUUUCGUACAUUUUAUGUAAGUUUGAAUUAAUUCAUUAUUGUUUUCCUUUUAUUUUGUGUCGUUAACAGUGGCGCAGAUCUGCAGUCUUCCACCUGAAACAGGUCGCUGUCGAGCUUCAAUGAAACGAUUCUUCUUUAAUGCCACCUCUCGCAAAUGUGAGGAGUUUAGAUUCGGUGGCUGUGAAGGAAAUGCCAACAGAUUUGACAGCGAGGAGGAAUGCCAAGACUACUGUGGAUGUAAGUUAGCUAGGAAAAAUAUUUGGACUUACGGUGAACGUUUUAACGUUUAAAAGUUGUCUUGUGAUUCAUAUAAAAAUGGAUUGCUCCCGGUUAGACCAUGCGAAAGGAUGAAAAUGAAAUUUUUCUAACCACGAAAACCUAGGAGCUGCCAGGAACUCAAGUAACAGCUAUUAAUACACCUUAUUCCAAAACGUUGGCUAGAGUACUUUUCUUUAUAUUAAUGUUAGUAUAGCCCUCUUUGCAUUUCGAUCGGAACACUUACAGUCACAGUGCAUCAACAGUUCAAUGUGAAUCGUUAUCGUUACACUGAAAUCAAACUAUGCAAUGUUGCUUUGAAAGACGAAUUCAAAUUUGCUCCAUAAUAUCAUGCGUGAGAAAUUACUCCUUAAUAGGCCAUUUGCACGAUGACGUCAUUUUACUACCACGACCAGAAUCCUUGAGAAUUUUGUUUUGUUGUGCAAAUUAGGGCUUUUGUUAUUUAAACCUCGCUGGUAUAAACAAAUUUAAAUAUGAAACAAAAAACGAAAAGGAUUCUGGUCAUAGUAGUAAAAUGACGCCAUCAUGCAAACGGCGUAUUUUGGCGCUAAAUGUCAGCGCUAAUUUGACAUGUGAAAUUAUAUAAUUGCCAUGGUAACGCUCCCUAUGUCUUCGUGCCAAGAUGGCUUCAAUGUUUAAAAUUGUAAUGAAUGAAAAUGUCAGGACAUAAAAAGGCGCUCUACAAAAGCUAAACACGCGAAAAAGCAAGAAGGAUCAAUUCACAGGUAUUUUGUCGAAAAAUUCAGACAAUUAUGAUUUAAGUUAAAACGUACGCUCUAACCUUGUCAAUGCGUCAGUGAGUGGAGUUCUGGACACGAUAAACAAAUCAAAACCCCACGAUUGUGAGCGUAUUUUGUCACCCAUACUAUAACAGUAAAGGCUCGGGAUACGCGCGCGAUACUUAUUGCCUUAUUUCUCUUGUCACUAUUUGACUACGCAUGCUUAUCUUAUUUUCAGCCUUGAAUGUGUGUGAUUUGAAGCCUUGCCCUGAUCCGUAUGCCCGCUGCAGUAUUUCUGUCUCCGGAGAGCGUCAGUGUUCGUGUCCACAGAUCUGCACAGCAGAUUACAAUCCAGUGUGUGGAACUGAUGGUCAGACGUACAGCAAUGAAUGUCAAAUGCGAGUCGCAGCCUGCAGCCAUGGAAUGAUGAUAAAAAUCAAAUCCAGGGGAAAAUGUAAACGUAAGAGUUGGAUUUUUGUACUCUAGCUGAGAGAAAUUAACAAACUGAUGCCAGUUUUUUAUGUAUUUAUCCUCUUACUGAUGAUCACUUGAGUCAUAACAGUGUGAAAUUGUUGUGAAUCUUUGAGACGCAAACCAUGUUUCUCAGCCAGGAAUCGCUUCAAAAAGUCGUUUGAGCCCAGCAAAUCAUCAGGGGUGUCACUAAGGGCCCCUCGCAACCAUGAGCACGACUCCCGGCUACUUGGAGAGGAAACGAAAAGGAAAGAAAAUGAAGCUAGCUGUUCAAUGUCCCGCCUAUAAAUUGCAUAUACCCAGAAACUUAAAAUCUUAAUGACAACCCUGAAUCAUACUAUUGUUUACGAAGUGCAAGGUCUGUUUUUUUACUUUGAAGAUGCCACUUAGUCUUGUCGUGGGCUUGGCAAACUAUGAGCGAGUAAUUUGCACUUGCCCGAGCGGCACCUCCAACAUUAAAACGUAGUGAAUCAGUCGAAAGAAAUCAAAACCGAAUUACUUUUUGCAAUGUUUUGGAGACAGAAAAACGUGGCCUGAAGUUUCAAGUUGCAAUCUUCUCAGCCUGAGAAAACACCCGAGAUUUCGCAACGCCACCACUGGUUUCCCCACGAAAUAACGACUGAGAAACGAGUACAAAAAUUCCAUACUGAUGACGCGACACUAUUCAGAUAUAGGUAGUGCUUCUGAUUGGUUCCAAAUUUGCUUCAACCAAUCAGAAGAACUACCCAGAUCUGGAUAGUGACGCGUCAUCAGUUUGGAAUUUCUGAGCUCUUUUCUCAGACUUCAUUUUGCGUCGGUGGCGUCGCCGUGGCGUCGUCGUGUUUUCUCAGGCUACCACUCCUUUCCUUGUCUUUCUCUUAGAUAGUGUAAUUGCACUUAAGUACUUCAAAACAAAACAGGAGUAUCUUAGUUUUGUUUACAUAACCUGCAAAUAAUUAAUACAUCUUUAGUUUUGUUCAUACUCGUAAGAGUGGCCCUAUAAGCUGUUUGCUCCUACAAUUAAUUACGUGUAGACAUGGGAAUUGUGGUGAAAAAAUUGUAUUACCUAUUGACGUGCCGCCAGCCAUAUUGUUUGCUGGGAAAUCGACACAGUUGACUACUUCUCACAUUCCUUUUUCAUCACAGACAACCCAGGCUUCUGUCCUUCUGUGGACCCACGGGUGUGCUGGGAUGGUCAUGAAGAUGAAUGUUUUGAUGACGCAAGUUGUGACGCUGAUGAAAAGUGUUGUCAUGAUGGCUGCAAGAAGAACUGUAUCAAACCUUUAUCAGUACCAAGGCGUGGCCCUCCCCGACCAGCUGUACCACGUAAGUAGUGUAGUGCAGGGUGUGCAGUAAACACCCGCCUGUAACAACAACAAAAUUGGUUCUUGUAUUUUGGGAUACGUAUUGGCAAUUUAGGCUAAGUGGGUUCUUCAUUUCUAUGAAGGAGAUGUAGUUGUUGACUACCAGAAAAAUAAAGAAACUUGAGUUUGGUUCAUAAAUAUACAGUACUUAUUCAAAACUGUUCAUUACAAACCUCCUUUAUGCAAGGCCCAUGAAGACAAUUACAGUCUGUGCUUCAUAUAAACUUGUUUUUAUUGUAGGAAUAAUAGUAAUACUUUUAUUAGUUAUUACAGUUUGUUACAUUAUUUUCUUGUUAUAUAAAGUCAACUCGUUCGUUAAGAUGUUUUACAUAAUUUAACUGAAACCCAUAAAUAAGAACCUGCUUGAUCUUGCUUGGUUAAACAGGUUCUUGUAUUUUUGGGUAUUAAAGUGGCAAAUUUCUGCCUACUUUAUCAGUAGGAACCUGUUUAACCCUUUAAGCCCCAAUAUCCACAUACAGAUUCUCCUCACUGAUUUCCAUACAUUUCCUUGAAUUAUUAGUUGGGAGAAUUGAUAAAAGAUCAAGCAUUUUUCCCUUUGGUGACAAUUUGAUUGAUUCUCAUCACCUUUUUCUCUUAAUGAUAUAUGGAUAAUGUUCAAAUAACAUUGGUGGUGGUUACUCUUGGGACUUUAGUUAAAAUUGCUUUUUGCCCGUAAGUUGACAUUUCAAUAUGGUAAACUCCGCAAAACUAACGAUAAUUUGCAGUAAGAGAAAUACUGGAAAGUUUUGUGUCACCCGAGGCAAAAAUAAAGACGUUGAUGGGGAGGUUAGUUGUUACAAGCCUCGAAGAGCUCCAUGCUAAGCCAAAGCGCAAGACGCUAAGUAAGGGGAUGGCGAUUUUUGAAAGUAACGACUAAGUGCGAAUUAUUUUGAAUUCAACAUACACAGCAGUGUAUAGCUAGUCACCCUAGAGUGUUGCAGUGUGGAUGAAAAUACUUGUCACGUGACGUUUUGGAGCGCAAACCCCAGCCCGAGGCUACGAAUAACCCUAACUGUUGAACUAACUCUCUUGAAGGUCAAAGCACCAAUACUUAUUUUGCAAUCCCAAGAAAGCCCCUCGGUUGGAGUCAAACUGGCCCUUACAUUUCCUGGGGGUGGCAAAUAUCUAGGUUACGUGAUGAAAACCGUUCACUUAAAAAGGGUAACUAGCUGUACCUUGUGCGACAGAUUAUAAUCACGUUAUAACGUGCUUGUUUAUUGAAGGAAUGGUUCCGCACCGAUUACACAAAGUUCCCCCUGCUAAAGACCCAUGUAAAAAGUGCAAGUUCCCAAAGACCUUUUGUUCAAGGGAUAAGAAUGGCACAGCGGAAUGCUUGUGUCCACAAUUUUGCACUCGGGAAUUUGUACCAGUCUGUGGCACGGAUGGACGUAACUAUAGCAACAAAUGCCGAUUGGAAGUGGAAGCAUGCAAACCAGAGAACAUUCGUACCUUAAAGGUUAAACACCUUGGACCGUGUGGUAAGUAAUGGGAGUAAGCUGCGGAAUACCUAACAAAACGAUUCCAUGUUGCCGCGCGCUUGUUCAGUGAUAGAUCAUAGAGGACGACAAUUGGGGUGAGAACAAACAAUGUGACAAGCUAGCUGGAGGCGGUAGUCGAAAGUUAAUUUAAAGUUUAGGCAACCUUGCUACUAGGGUUCUUCCUUUCCUUUCUUGUAAAUAGCUCCUGUUAACCUUCACUACCUCAAUACCAGAUUAUCUCGCAAACGUUUUGAAAACUGCUCGUCUUGUUGCACAGAAUGAAGCUAACAUCAAGUUCCAUAGCGAGUAAGGCAGACGAACUGAAAGUAUUUCAGGAAUGUUUAUUCUGUUACGAGCAGUCAAAACAAAGAUCAGGACACGCAAGCAAGUCACAAAACCACAGGCGUAUUAACCUUGCUGCUUGCUGUUUGGUUUACUCACGCUUGAUUAGCUUUGUUCUUGCAAUAUAACGUACAUUCCAGAAAUUUGAUUUAUGGUGUCCGCGGUUUUGUCUGUUUGACUGUAGCACUGUUUAGAGGUGAAUGGAGGACUGUACCCCCAUACCAACACCCACAUAAAAACUGUUACACUGUCCCUAGUAAUUGCUAAUACUAAAUGGAAAGGACAACACUUCUGUGACUUAUCCCCUCAGUUAUGUUAAAGAAACGUUUAUGAAUUUAUUUUUCUCCACUCAUCAGUGUGUGAUCUGCCUCCUGUUGGAGGGCCGUGCUAUGGUUAUAUGCCACGAUACUUCUUCAAUGCGACCAAAAAACGAUGCGAGAGAUUCAUUUACGGGAGUUGCCGAGGAAACGGCAACAACUUUGAAACCGUUCAAAGCUGCGAGGACAAGUGUAUAAGUGAGUAAAGAAAUUAUUACAAUCUACGAAGUAAUUUGUCUUUUGCUGUUGUCGCAGAACUGACCACAUUUAAUCGCGAAGUUUUAAGCGGGAAGUUCGACCGUGUUGUUUUUUUGUGAAAAGACCUUUCCAUUCCCCGUUGGCUGUAAUACUAGUCUAUUUGUAGAAGCGCCUCUUAAGGAGAAGCAGUCUUAUGGUCUGAUUAUCUCUUUCGACAGGUCCGUGCAAGAAUUACAAGUGCCCUUAUCCUCGCACGCGCUGUGAAUUAGAAGAAGGUUUGCCUGUUUGUAAGUGUCCCGUCAUCUGCACAGCGGACUACCGUCCAGUGUGUGGAACAGACGGCAAGACGUACGCAAACAUGUGUGGUCUAGAAGGUGCUGCUUGUCAUACUAAACAUUUUAAACUGGGACUAAAACACCUCGGAGAAUGUAAGUUACUUAUACAAGAAACAGCAACGUAACAUUCAGCCAAGGGGGGGAAGGCGUUUCCGGCGUGAUUACGAGUUUUAUCAUCAACAAUGACCACGUGAACAAGUGCAAGAUCUUCUCGUGCAUUUCCUCGUACUCUUCUUUGUAGUUGACAGUACAUUGUUAAGGUGAUGUUACACGGGACCAUUUGCAAAGACGAUUUUUAGCGCCACUCAGUAGGGAGCUUAAGCAGCGACGUUUUUGAGCGACGCACGUCAACCGGAAGUGAGCCUUUAUCUCUUUUAGUAAGACUUUACGCUACCGUAUUUAUAUUGCCAAGUGUCUUAAUUCUUAUAGAGACGAUCUGCCCAAAAAUUUGUUCAAAAUCACGGCUAAAGUGUGCAAAAAGUCCAUUUCCGGUUGACGUGCGUCGCUCAAAAACGUCGCUGCUUAAGCUCCCUAGUGUUGUCACUAUUCGAAACAAUGUGACAACAAUGUUGCAACGCUGUGUUGCGCUAACAAUCGUGGUCGCGAAUCGUCUCGUGUAACAUCACCUUUUAAACACACGUAUCGGGAACGCGCACAAGAUAGAAAAAAAAACUAUUAAAGAGAAUAGUCCUUUUCAGUCAUAUUUUAAAUUACUGCUGAGUGAAAAAGCCAAUGACACAGAUACCGGCAGGAAGGUGCCUGAAAUGUGAAAUGAAUAAGACAGUGUUGUAUAAAAAACAGGUCGGCUUCUCGCCGGAAUUUGUGAGUACAGCAUGUUCAUUUCAGAUGGAGGCCAGCCCUGUCCAGUAAAAUUGCGACUUGAGUGAUUACAUUCAGCAGUCAAAGGGAACUCGAAAGUGCACUAUGAAAUUGUAAAACAGAAGUGAACGAUAAAUUCAGAGCUUAAGGGGUGCUACAACCAGCUAAGCCCAUUAUAGAUAUCAGAAUUCGCGCAUGCUUAGUAGCUUCUUACUUCUACUCGCACUAUUGGCCGGUGCUAAACUCUGUGUUAGCACAUAAUCUCGCCAAUUGAAUUUUGAAAAAAAUCGAAUUAAAAAAAAGCUAGUGGAUGCUCAUGAUAGCAGGGUGAAUCUACUAAAAACAAACAUGCGUGUAGAGAUUGUCAAUGUCGCUCGUUUUUCAAAUUUAUCUGUUCAGAAAACUAAAAAGACAAAGGGUCGGAAUUUCUAAUUCAAACGUGUCAUUUAUUUAUUUAUUUAUUUCUGUCUUUGUUGAUUAUUUUGUUUACUUUUUGUUCAUUGUUAGGCUUGAGUGUCAACCCGUGUGAAGGAUUUGUAUGCAGUCACCAGGGCGAAAGUUGUGUUGUAAAGCGCGGCAAGGCUGCGUGUGUUUGUAAUAAAGUAUGUACAAGAGAAUAUGAGCCAUACUGUGCAUCGGACGGCAAUACAUACUCUAACAAUUGCACUCUGCAAUUGGCCGCGUGUGAGAGUGGAGAAUCCUUAACAAUUGUACAUCCGGGAGAGUGUGGAGGUUAGUAUGACGAAAGAGCUCUACUUACAUUCAUUGCUCAAUAUUUUAGAAAACCUUUUUCGCCAUUAUUUUUUGUCGUCCCAUAGUAGAUCAUUUGGUGAUAUUCGCUGAGAUAUUCUCUUUUAAGGUGCGAAAAACAUUAUACUUACGUGAUCUACAAAUAGAGUAACAACAAAAACAAAGAACAAGGUCUUAAGUACAUGAAAAAGAAUUAAAACUUGGCAAGUGUUUGCGUUUCUAGGUUGUCAGAAGGAAAGGAAUAGGAACAACAAAGAUGUUUUAAAAUUUUGCUUGUCUUUAUCGAGUGUUUUGUCGGGUUCUGUAAUAUUUCUUUGUCCUUCUCUUCCGAGACUGCUUAAGUGCAUGUUGUUUUAAAUCAUUUUGAUAAAAAUCUUGCUGUUUUAUUGUUUGUUUGUGUUUUCAGUGAGUCACAACUUUUUUACUAUCUUGCCUAUCUGCCAUUCAAUAACCAAAUAAGAGUUAUCACUGUACACACCAUACAACCAGGAAGAAAACAUUUUUCUAAUAAUCAUGACAAAUUUUAAAUGCGCUUAUUAAAAACAAGUCACAGAGGCUAAAACCCGGGCCCAAUAAAUGACUGAAUAUCAUGAGUUGCUCUUUAACGUCUGAUAUAUGCGUUACUCUGUAAUUGUGCAUCAUGCAACAAAAAUGUUUUCGUCCAGAAGUUGCCCCGUAACUUGAUUUUGUUUCGAAUGGUUGGUUGUCCUGUGGCGUAAAUAUCACCUCGUGUUUACCUUUAUUUUGUUGUAAACAGAGCAUUCUGACGAUCCCUGUCUGUCAGUCAAGUGUCCAUUCCAUGGUGUCUGCCAGAUAUCACAAGCUGGUGAUCCUGUGUGUCAAUGCGUCACAGAAUGCCCAGACAUUUAUGACCCUGUUUGCGGCUCAGACGGAAAGAACUACUCGAGUGAAUGCGUUCUUAAGUCACAGGCUUGCCAAGCCAAGACUGCGGUCCGGGUGGUUGGUAGCCCUAAAAAGUGUGGUAAGUUCGAAAGUCAUUCUCCGCAAGUUGUUUAAAAGGUGGAUAACGCUAUCCAGCGGAUAAAUCUUCAUCCAGUAGAUAACCAACUUGGUUUCCAUUUCCCUAAUACUUAUCCGCUGGAUAGUGAUUUGUUCGGUGGAUAGCGUUAUUUAACUUGGCCAGAAGAGUUGAAGCUCGAAAAUGGUACAACGUCUUUCUCUGUGUUUUGGUGGAGAUCUCAGCAGUUUUAACUAGUUUCGAUGGGGCGGCAUUUGUUUAUUUCCUGACACAAAGCUGUUGCGCACCGUUGGAAAACGUUGUGUAGUCUUGCAACCUUUGUUUGUCUAGAGGACAUUUCACGUUUUUACUACUUUUGUUGCACUUUAUUUGCUUGUUAAUAUCACACAAUUAAUUUACUGGGAGAAUAUUUUUGACCGUUUGGGUUCGCAAACCUUACUUACAGUUCUUCUCUUUCAACAGUUUCAAGAAGGCUGAAGUGCAACUCCUGCCCCGCACGCUCUCACGUCCUUAAACAUUUCUGCGAGAGCGAUUUUGGUAAGUUAACGUUAUUACCGUCCAUGUUAUAUAGAAAAGACUGUACUGGUCUAUAUAGUCAGUCUUUUUUCCUAAAGCAUUCAGCCACUGAAUUCGCCAAUAUUUUAGCACCACUAACGUAAGCUUCAAGGUAUAUGUUUGUUACAAAGAACGGUUAGGGAACCUGGAUUACCACUCGUGUCUUUAUUUGAGAGGGUUUCGCGGUAAAGUCGGUUGAUCCGAAAAUGUUCCUCAUUCCUCGCAUUAUUUGUUAUCAUGACUUAACUGUCUGCUUUUGAUGUUUGAUGCAGUUAUUGAAGGCACGCUUGAGGAGAUCCGAAGCACUGAAGAUGAAGACCACUCUUCGGUCUUGAUGGUUAAAGUGACCACGAUGUUCAAAGGACCGGAAUCAAUACAAAACAAAAUCAUCAAGAUCAAAUUCGCCGAAAAUUUGCACAGGUAAAUUAGCUGUCUGUUUUAGUAUCUUUUAGGGGUCAAAUAACUAAGGUUGAGUCAAAUCCAGAUCGGUAAAUUACAAUUUUGCGACGAGCAUGCCUGGCAUACCCCAUGGACGUCCCCCCCCCCCCCCCCCCACCACCACACACACAAACACACACACACUUAUCACCACCUCCACUACCAUGUAUUUCCACGCUUAGGAAAGAUAGUUACGCUCAGUCAGUUAAAUUUUAAUCUUGAUCGGUCGAGAAAGUUAAGGGAUUUUUUUUCAGCCAAUCACAUAACUUACUUAAAGGGGCUCUGUCCCGAGCAUACAUGAAGUAGAUAUCAAACAACUUUCAUCAGGGGGCCCUAAGGGUAAUAAUUGUUUUGGUAAUUUUUACAGGCAUAGCAUUAAAACUCGAAAGAGUUGGCCCAAUAUUUUUAAGUUCCAAUCCAUGUCCAUCCGUGGCAACAGGCAACAGGAAACAGUGUCAGUGCCUAAAUUAAGUCUAAAAUAACAAAACUGAAUCAUAAUUUUUUUUUUUUGGAAUCUGAUUUAAAAGGAUAGCAAAAACCGAGACAUGGCCCCUUUAACGUAUCCGAUUUUAAAUAGUUGUACCAGGUUUGUUUGGCCAGUUGGUAUUAUACUUUGUAAGGUUUUAGCGUUUCAUCCAGUAACAGGCACGUUUGUCUAUUCUUGGCAGGUGCUCCUGCAAAGAGUUGAGAAUGAAAAAGGCAGUAAUCAUCGCUGGAUCCACUACAGACAAAGGCGAGCAUUUCCUCGAUAAAUCGUCCAGUUUUGUGCGUCAUGCUGGCAGACGUUUGAUUCAGAAAGUUCAGCAACAUACAAAACACGACAAAUGCAACAAGAACAAGAAACAAGACUAA